CAAAUUACUAGAAGAAGAAAUAAAAUGAAGUCGGAAGCAUUGAUCUUGGUCUCCCUCGUUCUACUUCUUCCUGUUUUUGCCCAAAUAAAAGGUGAUGAGCCAUUGCACACCAACAAUUUUAUCGGCCACGGUGGAAGUGGUGGCGCUGGCGUCGGCGGUGCAGGAAGCGGCGGAAUUGGAGGCUUCGGCCACGGCGGAAUAGGAGGGUUUGGCCACGGCGGAAUCGGGGGCCGAGGAAAGGGUGGAAAUGCGGGUAGCGGUGGAGGAAGUGGCGGAGCAGGUAGUCAUUACGGAGGAGGAAAGUUAUGCAAAUGGGGUUGUUGUGGGAAAUCAUUUAGUUAUAGCCAUGCAGGAGGCGUUUAUUAUAGUUGCACUUGCUGCGCUUCUUUUGCUCAGGCCAAAGCCUAUCGCCAUCGGGGAAAUAAACCCAACCCAAAUUAAGAAUUAGAUUUAUUUAAUUCUGGUGCGGUUGUAUCAAUUGUCACAAUUACUAUAAUUCAAUAAAUCUGCAUCUUUUUGACUA